UGUAUGGAUUUCCCUGUACCUCGGGACAGGAUGGAAACGCAGGCCGAGUGGGCGACGGUGGCAAACUAAAAUUUUCGCCAAAUGUCCAAUCGUAACAGGAGCUCAGAGCACGAUAGGAACAUGACGCGACAUUCCGUGAAUAGUUGAUUCGAUCACCGGAAUUCAUCCGAUCACGCCCCUCUCAAAGUCUCUUCACACCUCUGCACUCCACUCUGAUCACAGACACGAUUCAUUUCGAUGCCUGGUUCUUCAACCUCCUCCUCCCGCACAAACAUACGCGUCGUCGUCGUCGGCGACCGCGCUACCGGCAAGUCAAGCCUCAUUGCCGCUGCCGCCUCCGAAAGUUUCCCCAUCCAAGUCCAGCCUGUUCUCCCUCCCACUCGCCUUCCCCCCGACUUCUAUCCUGAUAACGUCCCCCUCACUCUCAUCGAUACCUCAUCCAGCUUGGAGAACAGAGGUAAGCUUGCUGAAGAAUUGAAGCGAGCCGAUGUAGUAGUACUGACUUAUGCAUGCGAUCAGCCUGCCACGCUCAAGCGCCUCACUACCUUCUGGCUAUACGAACUUCGCCGAUUAGAGAUAAAGGCACCAGUCAUAGUUGUUGGCUGCAAGCUGGAUAAGCGAGAUGAGGAGUAUCAUAUGAGUUUGGAGCAGGUAAUGGCCCCAAUUAUGCAACAGUUUCGAGAGAUUGAGACUUGUAUAGAAUGUUCUGCAGCAAAUAUGCUUCAGGUCCCUGAAGUAUUUUAUUAUGCUCAAAAGGCAGUACUUCAUCCAACUGCCCCACUAUUUGAUCAAGAGACUCAAACUCUGAAACCCCGCUGCGUAAGAGCGUUAAAACGGAUAUUUAUACUUUGUGACCAUGACAUGGAUGAUGCCCUCAAUGAUGAAGAGUUGAAUGAGUUUCAGGUUAGAUGCUUCAAUGCUCCGCUACAGUCUGCUGAAAUAGUGGAGGUGAAGAGAGUCGUACAAGAGAAGUUGGGUGAAGGAGUCAAUGACCUUGGGCUUACCCUGACAGGGUUUCUUUAUUUGCAUGCUCUUUUUAUUGAAAAAGGUCGGCUUGAGACAACUUGGACUGUUUUAAGAAAAUUUGGGUAUGAUGAUGAAAUUAAGCUGAGGGAUCCUUAUCUAUCUAUUCCAUUCAAAAAGGCUCCUGACCAGAAUAUGGAAUUGACAAGUGAAGCCAUGGAGUUCUUGAAGGGAGUCUUCAGCACAUAUGAUGGUGAUAAAGAUGGUGUUCUUCAGUAUUCUGAGCUUGUUGAACUAUUUUCAACUGCACCAGAAAGUCCGUGGGAAGAAGCUCCUUAUAAGGAUGCAGUUGACAGAACUCCAAUGGGGGGCUUAUCUCUUUCUGGAUAUCUAUGUGAGUGGGCUCUUAUGACUUUGCUGAACCCCAAUCAAAGUUUGGCUAACUUAAUAUACAUUGGAUAUAACUGUGAUGCUGCAUCAGCAUUCCAUGUAACUAGGAGAAGAUCUGUGGACCGCAAGAAACAGAGAACAGAACGAGAUGUGCAUCAAUGCUUUGUCUUUGGACCUAAAAAUGCUGGAAAGUCUACACUCUUAAAGUCUUUUGUUGGAAGGCCGUUCUCAGAAAAUUACAGACCAACUAGUAGUGAUUGGUAUGUGGUGAAUGUUGUUAACCAGGCUGCGGGAACUAGAAAAACUCUUGUGCUUCGUGAAAUUCCUGAAGAUGAGGUUAAAAAUUUGUUGUCUGAUAAGAAGUCUUUGGCCGCUUGUGAUGUCGCAGUAUUUGUUUAUGACAGCUCGGAUGAAAAUUCUUUAAAAAGAGCAUCCGAAUUGCUUAAGGAUGUUGCUAGGCAAGGUGAAGAGACCGGUUUUGGGGUGCCAUGUCUCUUUAUUGCUGCCAAAGAUGAUCUGGAUUCCUAUUCAAAUGGUAUAAAAGAUUCAGCCAAGAUUUGUCAGGAUAUGGGAAUAGAUGCACCCGUUCAUGUGAGUGUGAAGGAAAGAGAUCUGAACAAUGUUUUCCAGAGAAUAGUGCUUGCAGCUGAUCGCCCUCAUCUCAACAUUCCGGAAACUGAGGUUGGACAAAACAGGAAACUGUAUCGCCAUUUUGUUAGUCGCUCUCUCAUGUUUGUCUCAGUUGCUGCUGCUGUUGCUGUUGUUGGAUUGGCAGCAUAUCGCUCCUAUGCUGCAAAGAAGAAUACCUCCAGUUAGGCUUUGUGCCUUUUAGUCAUACAAGAAUGAUACAUAAGGUUUUAGAUAUUUUAGUAAUUGUUCCCUUUCCAACUUUUUUUUUUUUUUUUUAAGAUUCAUCUUGUACAUAAAGGAUUUUUUUUUUUCUUUGAAGAUUGAAGAUCCAAUUUUGCUUGGAAGUUCAGGAUUAAUUUUUGUAUAAUAGGAGUACAUAUUUCUCUUUGA